AUGCUGCAAAUGGAAAUGGUCAUCUUCCUCUGCCUGGUGCUGUUGAUGUGUGUAUUUAGCCAGGAGCCCAGUUCCAAAGUGGUGGCCGACCGCUACGCCGUCUUCUGGAACCGGACCAACGCCAAGUUCCAUCGUGGGGACUACCACAUCGACGUGUGCAUAAACGACUACCUGGAUGUCUACUGUCCUCACUACGAAGACACAGUGCCUGAGGAGCGGACAGAGCGCUACGUCCUCUACAUGGUCAACUACGAUGGCUACAGCACGUGCGACCACACCGCCAAGGGCUUCAAGCGCUGGGAGUGCAACAGGCCGCACUCCCCCAACGGACCGCUCAAGUUCUCGGAGAAGUUCCAGCUCUUCACUCCGUUCUCCCUGGGCUUUGAGUUCAGACCGGGCAGAGAGUACUACUACAUCUCAUCCACCAUUGCUGAGAACGGGAGGAAAACGUGCCUGAAGCUCAAAGUUUUCGUCCGACCAUCAAACAGCUGUGUGAAAACUAUAGGCGUACAUGACCGCGUUUUUGACGUAAACGAGAGAGUAGACAAUACAUUAGAACCACGAGACGAUACCAGCCACGAACCGGCUGAGCCUUCCCGAAGUGACGAAACGAACGCUGCGCCGCACCUGCAGAAAACAAGCCCGCUCCUCGCCUUGUUGCUGGUCUGCCUACCAGCACUCUUCACUUUAUAGCGCCUCCCUCUGUCCCGGAGGGCAUUUACACCUAGCGUGGCCUGAAUCUGCCCCGAGGCUGCAGGGAAAAGGGGGGGGGGUUGGAGCGCGUUUGCUUGAUUGGGCAUCAGAGCAGGCUUCUCAAGGAACCCUCUAUUUUUUUCAGAAAUAUAUUUAAGUGGUCUUUCUCCGUCUGUGAGUAAAAAAGAAAAAAAAAAAAGUUGAUGUUGGAAGUGGGAGAGACAGUUUUCCCCCUCUCAAACCUUCAACUGAGAUGCCAAAUCCCGUUUUUUGACACUUAGUGAUUCUUAUUUUCCCGUGACUUUUUUGUGACAUCCCUUUGCAUCAUGUUUAUGUCAUCGCAGCACUGACGUUUACCCACACACACACACACACACACACACACACACAUUAGCAUACACAUGCUUAGAGAGUCAAAUACACUAACAGUCAAUAGCAGUAGGGUUCUUUAGUUGGAAGCAGUAGCAGCAUUACACAGUAGGAAAGUGAUGUUUAGGACUUAGAAAGGACUGUACAUACACAAGUAAAUAGUUCCCCCGAGACCUCUCAAGAAGCCUUUCAGGACAUAUUUUAGAUUGAGUUCUGUUCCGCCUGGGUAAAAACUACUAGAUUCUUUUGCACAGCCAUUUUUACUCGGAAGUGCAUUACAAAGCUGAGAGAUGAAGAAGGAAAAGGAAGAGCAAUGGUUUUAAGCAGAGGUCAGGCUGGAAAACCACAGCACUGAGGAAAAAUGCGUACACGCCACACACUUCGGCCCCGCCGGUUUUAAAGAUAGCGUCCGAUUCUCUCCUGAAUACAAAGCGUGUGCAUUGGUGGAUGAGCUGCUCAGAGCUUCAGCGAGUGAGUGAGCAUAAAAAGCAGUGGAACCGCAAGUCAACUUUUGUCUUGUCCCCCUUUGUGUGGAGCACACCCCGGUCAGCUCGAUAAAACACCUCUCAGAGGUUCACUCCGACUCACAAAAAACAGCUAAAUUGAAACCUUCUCUCUAGACCCCUUUGCGGACUUUGCUAUUAAAACGGAGGAGUCGAUAUCUUUUGAAAGUUGAUCACACAAUUUCGCGGCGACAGUCACAGUCAUUGUGAGCAAUGUUUACCGAGCAAUUGUCCUUUCUGUUCCAUUUGAGCAUUAGUCGAUAUUAACACCCACCCUAAAACAUCUGCAUCCUCGGCUUCUUUUCCCCGAUUCAGAUUGUUUGAAAUGAAUAAACAAAAAACAAUUCAAGGCUAAAUUGGGGGGGGAGGGGGGCUUUAUUAUUUUCUAGAGCAACCAAGUUAUUCAACUUUACCAAUGGCAUCUCCAAAUGUUGUCUUUCACACCGCAGGCUUUGUGUUUUCUGGUUUCAUCUGAACAGCAGAUGUCUUCAGAGAGACAAUUCAAUUCAAUUCACACUGCGAGAACUGAGAAACCUAUCCAUUCAACUCAAGGCGAUGCGCAGCUCCAUUUAGCCGAGCUACUGUGGGUUUAUGUUAGCACUUACACCCAAAUGAAUUCACCAAGUUGAUAAUGAUAUUCAGCUUCCUUCGUCUCCCACAGAUUGCGCAUGGUGAGCUGGCAUAAUGAAUGCUGUUGUGUCUUUUUUUUUCAAACGGAAGGGACUUGUGUCUUUCAGAAGACGUAUGGACGGACAGAGAAAUGAACACUUUCCGGUCAGAGCCGUUUUUUAAUGUGAGAACCAAAUUGGUAUGGAAAGACUGUCAGAAAGAGAGAAAUAGAGCAAUGAUGAGGAGCACAGGAGCAAUUGCAUGUCCACCUACAGCUCCUAGUGUUACUGGUUUAAGUGACUCUUUAAUGAGGUUCAAAAUGACAGGCAUGUGGACCCCAUGUUGUGGCAAGGGGGAGUUAUUUCUGGUAUUAAAAAUAGAUGGUGGAAGGGCUUGGGGGGUCUCGGGAGGGGGGGGUGUAGAUUUCCACCGUGGGGGGUUUUAAAGCACCAAUGACCUUGCAGUUUGAGAGAAUCGGUGAGUGAAGGAGACGGAGAGAAUUAAAGGGGGGAGACGUGCACACACACACACUCACACACACACACAAGAUAGAAAAAGACAACAGAAGGUAGCCGAAAGGUAGUGCGACUAGAGUGCCUAACAAAAACAAGACAAAAACAACUAGAAAAUCCAUGCAACACUACUGGAAAAGGAAAAAAAACCCACUGGAGUCAAUGACAAACUUAUUGUUCAGCAUCAUCCUGUCUCGAAAGGCAUGCACUGUUUUGUUAUUGCCGUUUUCAUUUUUAUGGCUGCCUUUUGCCUUUUUGCCAUUUGUUUUUCGUGCUACGGUAACAAUGCUAUUAUAGCGGAAUAGCAGCUUGGCAAUGGGGGGUUAUAGGAGACGAGGCCAUUUAAUGAGGUACUAAUUUUCAAGAGAACACCACAGGGAACGAGCACCGCCUAAGAUUCAAAAAUGGACGCCUGUCAGCAGAUUAACACUAGACUUUUGUCAGAAACCAGCUUCACUUGUACUCUCUUAUAGUUACCAAUACUACUAUUUGUCAUUAUUGCUAUUAUUACCAUGGUUUAUUCUGUACACACCUUAACCUGGGAAAUGAGGAUCAACUUAUAAACUGGAUACUGUGUAUCCUGAGGUAGUCAACCAUAAAACAUGUAGUGUUAGGUUAGUAUCUGUUUUGUACCUUUCUGGAGGACAAAAGAAAAAAAUAAGAUACAUCAUUGUUAAAACUGUAUAAUUAUUAUUAUUGUUAUGAUGAUGAUGAUUAUGACUAUUAUUAUUAGGAAACUUCUUGAUGUAAAUAGUGUUUGAUAUUAAAGUAUUAAUUUGGUUCUUAUGUCUUUUUCUAAAAAAUGAAUACGGUAUUAUCUCUGGGUUUUGCGGAGUGUGUACUGUCCUCGAACAACGCAUUGUGUGCCCCGAUCCUCAAUGCCUAAUGAAACUUUGAGCUAAUACGAAGGGGAAACCUGUGGGAGCUGUACACCCGGUGUACAGGAGGCUGGACAUUUAGCCAAAAAAAAAAAAAAAAGACGAGUGGCUCAGCGGUUUCAUGUUUUCAAAAACCAAUCACCAACCUUCAACCAUCUUCUUCACACACGGAUCCUGCCUCGGAAGGAAAACACUUGGGACUUUAAACGGACGGGCUUAUUUGUACUUUUUUGCCUUCAGUGUUCUUGAAAAAAGCAUGCCGGUCAGCUCCAAGAUCUGCCACGGGUGGACUGUUUGCUUUUGAAAAACGGAAGGAUCUCGCCAGUUUUCAUUAUGUGGCAUGCGCAUGAACUUGAUGACAUGUAAAAACAAAAAACAACAAAAAAAUCCAAAAAAAAAAGUUUGAAAAAGAUUUUUUCCUUUUGCUCUUCUUUUUUUUUUCUUUUUUUUUUUCCUUUAAGUCGUGUUAGAUUUUUUGGGUCACUUUCAUGUUGUGUGUUUUUUGCAUCCCCAUUCGAGUGAUGUCAUUAAGCUGUGUAGUGACAGAUGACAAAAUGUACAUAACACAAACCAUUGUUGUGAAGUUACCGUGGGGGAGGGGAGGGUCAGACAUCUUGUAGUUCAAAAGCAACUUUUUUUUCUUCUUCCUCCUUCCUAAGACCGACUCUUUUCUGUACCCAUGUACUGAAUUCAUCCCAUGUAGUUGCAGUCCAUCUCUUCUGACUAUUCAUCCUCUUUCUACUCUCCUGAGAGGGAAGGCGUCUGGGAGCGUAUACAUCGGUGCAAGGACGUUUUUCAGUGUGGAGAAAAAAAAAAAAAGAAAAAAAAAAUGCGUGAGACCUUUGAGUUUGUGUGUGUGCGUGUCUCAUUUGCUGUUGCCGCAGUGAAUGGGAAGCGGCAACCCUCUUUGGCAACGAAGAGUGUUUCCCAUGCCUUAGCCCUACAGCCUCUGCCCUGGCAGCCCCGUCUGUGUACAAGACGCUUUCUGCCAUUGUGCUUUUACACGGAACGGCUGCUGGCGUCGAAGAGGCUACAACAGGGGCCCUUCAAUUUUCUCUCCCCUUUUUUUAAAAACAACCCUGAAUCACUUGUCCCUACGGUUAGACGUUGGUCCUGGGCACAGUUCAAGGAUUAGUGCGCCCCCCUCCACCUUAAAUCCUGAACUGGAUUGUUGGCGGGGUAAAGCCUAUCAUCCAUCCUGGUUCUGUGCGUGCACGGCCAAAGCCUCUCUUCGUCAGCUCCCCCACCCACCUCUUGCUGAUGAGCCACUUCGUUCAUUUCGUGCACCUGUCCUGUCCCAUUUUCUUCUCGUGCUUGUGUAACCUCCACCAACACCACCUGCUGUCCCUUUUUCCAUCACCUUUAAACCUCGCUCCGACUUUGCCAUCAGUGGGGAAUAUUUCCAACCUGCUCUUUUACAGUAUAUAAACAAACGACAAAAAAUUUGACAAAAAAUUAUCUGUAUUUGUAUAUACACGUGUCUGAGCAACUAUGAGUAAUACAAUAAAAAUGGAAAUACAUUGCUUUGA